AUGGCAAACCAACCCGAAAAUGGCUUAUCGUUAUCAUCAAUUCAUAAUAGCUUUCCAAUUGAAGUCUUACCAGCAGUAAUUGAAAUAGUGUGGGGUAAACAAAUACAGCCCUCUAUUUUUCGCCGCUGGUGUCAAGGUUUCACUUUCAGCCAGCAUGAACCUAGCGCUUUAAUCCAACAUCAUGGUGGUCCUUGCGCGAUUAUUACUGCAGUUCAGGCAAAUAUCUUACUAGAACUACUAUUUAGAGAAAAAACUAGCGGAGAUAUAUCAUGGAAUCAUUUAAAUGAUGAAGAAGUAAAUCAAUUACUGGCAGGAGCGAUAUUUCAUAUUAUUAAAUCACUGCAGGUUGAUCGUUAUAUUAUCGUUGCAUUGCCCAAAAAUUCAACAGAUAACGAAUCUAAUACCAAUCAAGAAAUUAUAAAUGUUGAAGAUUUUCAUUUAAAAUUAAGGCAAUGGAUAUUUAAUGACACAGAAUCACUUAAAACAUGGAUACGAAAUGAACUGCAGAUAUUUCAAGGCCAAUUUGGUGUUCUGUCGUUAUUAUAUUCAGUUAUUCUGAGUAAAGGCUUGGAAAGCAUUCAAAAUGAUAGAGAAGAAACAGCAGAACCAUUGAUCGAUCCAACCUUUGGUUACGGCAGCCAGAGUUUAAUAAACUUGAUGAUCACUGGAAGUGCAGUCGCUAAUAUUUGGGAUAACACUAGAAAUAUUGACGGAUUAGUUCUAUUUGGUAUACAAAAACAGCCACAAAUUGGAUUCUUAUCACUAAUGGAACAUCUUAGAUACUGUGAGGUAGGAUCUUUCCUCAAAAAUCCUGCUAAUCCUAUUUGGAUUUUAAGCAGUGCUGAACAUCUAACUGUGCUAUUUUCGACGGAUCGUUCGUUGGCCUGCACUGAAGAUCCUAGGAGUGAAGCUAUAAGAACUUUUUUGAAAUACGACGAAACUGAGAACGGCUUCAUUCCUAAUGAAAAGCUGGGAAAUGUAAUGGAGGAACUUGGACUAGAGACUGACAUUGAAUAUGUAUCUUAUAUGGCUAAAUGCCUGGAUCAAGAUAGCCUGGGAAUUAUUUUACUCAAAAAUUUUUUAAACGAAUUUUUCCCUAGCGUAGAGAGUGAUUCAGAAUUCACUAAAAGUUUUACAUUGUAUCAUUAUAAUGGCUUACAAAAGUCGAAUAGAGAUGGAAAGGUAACAUACAAUGAAUGCAUAGCAACAACUUCGGGUGACGAUUGUAAUCUACCGAACAGCAAUGAGGAACAAUUUGUCCAAUGCCUAAAAACUAAAUGGAGAAACUUGUUAAAGUUAGAUCCAUCCAAUGGAUAUCCGUCACUAAACUGA